AUGACUUAUAUUUUGAAUCAUCAAUUUAAUAUUAUAUAUCGUAAAGUCAAUUUAUUACAUUUGUCAAUAUCUGAUAAAACAUCAAAAAAAGUUCGUAUUGUUAGAAAGCGUGCUCAAAUUCAAACAAAUAAACUUCAAUGUCAACGUUUAUCUUUACGUAUUGAUCAAUUAAUUGAUCCACUUGAACGUUUAGAACAUGCAUCUUUAAUAUUUUAUGAAGAAAUUCAUGAACAUGAAAAUGAUUAUGAAAAAUUUGAAAAAUUAAAUAAACGUUUAUCACAAUUAGGACAAGAUUUAUGUCUUGAAUUAAAUAUACAAGAAUUAUUUGAUCAAAAACAAAAUCGAAAAGAUCAACAACAAGAUUUACAAGAAUGA